AUGCCUUUUCCUAAAAACAGCAAAGAGCAGGAUUACGCAGUCAACAGCAGUACAAAUGUUGCGCCACCUUGGCAAGAUGCCAACCCAGCCACAAAACCUGUUAAAAUUGCUACACUGAUCCUCAUAUUAAUUGUAAGUCUGGCUAGCAACCUUUUGCUGAUCUUGGUCGUGCGUAGAAACGUGAACAAACGGAUGCGAACACCGAAUAAUUAUUUUAUUCUGAACAUGGCUUUUUCAGAUAUUUUGCUAGUUUUGUAUGUCGUUCCUCAGUACAUAACCAUGACAGCGUGUGACAUGCAAUGGCUUAUCGAUGGAAUGGCAGGAAACAUUUUGUGCCGAUUUUCGUUCUUUAUCGGUCAAAUGCCAAUGUUGGUCUCUACUGGAAGUCUUUUUUUCAUUACACUGGAUCGGUUUUUCCUUGUUUUUUUCCCAUUGAGGAAGAUAAUCACACUGCACACUGCUCGUCGUAUAAUGGCUGCCGUGUGGACCUUUGCCCUCCUGCUUGCAGCCCCUUUGCUCGCCAUGUCAAGAUUGACUGAGAUUCGAUCCGGAAUUUUUUUUUGCACCUUCGAUUUUUCUCUUGUCAUAUUCGUCAUCAACUAUUUUUUGUUUUGUUAUUUUUUCAUAAUAGCGAUACCAAUUCUUACAAUCAUCAUUAUGUAUAUCGCCAUUGGAUUCAAAAUCAAACAAGGGAUAUCCCCCGGAAACCAGCUACCCUCGCAUCAGGAAAGACGCGAACGAGUAACUCACAAGGUUCUGGCUAUGCUCGUCGCUAUAGUAGUUGCCUUGAUCGUUUUUCGUUUUCCAUUAAUACUUUCACUGAUAGCUUGUUUUACAGGCUCAAUCAGUAUCUGCAGCAGUUUUAAUCUCCUUUUCGCAGCAUGGCUUUUAACGUUCGCCAACACUGGCGUUAAUCCGCUGAUUUAUUUUAUCUUUAACGAGCAAUUUCGCCAUGGGGCAAUUCUCAUUCUACAAGAGGUCGGUCGGUGUUGCUUCAAGGGGACAAAUGAGGUGCACGCCAUUCAACCUGGUGCUCACCAAAUGACCGGCUCUCUGAAGCAUGAA